GCGCGCCCGCCCAUCCCCCGCUGCCCUUUUUUUCCUGGCCGGGUGCGAAGGAGCAUGCCGGCGCCUAGCCUCUGGCAGCGAAGAGUUAAGCAGAGGGGCGUGGAGCUGCCCCCUCCUUGGGGGCGUGCCCCCCUCCCCCGCUAGGUGGCCCGCCCCCCGCGCUAGGAUAUGGACCCCGGCCCCGGCCCGGGACCAGAGGUCCCGCGCAUGGGCCAGUGAAAGGUGUGUUCCCGUUCCCGCUCUCUUCCUUCCCUCGCCUGCCAGCACCAUGGGAUGUAAUAUGUGCGUGGUUCAGAAACCGGAGGAGCAGUACAAAGUGAUGCUUCAGGUAAACGGGAAGGAGCUCUCCAAGCUGUCUCAGGAGCAAACCCUGGAGGCCCUGAGAGCCUCCAAGGAGCCCCUGGUGAUCCAGGUGCUGAGACGCAGCCCCCGCCUGCGGGGGGACAGCUCCUGCCACGACCUUCAACUGGUGGACAGUGGCACUCAGACUGACAUCACCUUCGAACAUAUCAUGGCGCUGGGCAAGCUGCGCCCGCCCACCCCACCUAUGGGCAUCCUGGAGCCGUACGUCCUCUCUGAGCUCCCCCCCAUCAGCCAUGAGUAUUAUGACCCUGCGGAGUUCAUGGAGGGCGGCCCACAGGAGCCAGACCGUAUGGACGAGCUGGAGUAUGAGGAGGUGGAGCUGUACAAAAGCAGCCACCGGGACAAGCUGGGCUUGAUGGUGUGCUACCGCACGGAUGACGAGGAAGACCUGGGCAUCUACGUUGGAGAGGUAAAUCCCAACAGCAUUGCAGCCAAAGAUGGCCGGAUCCGUGAGGGAGACCGCAUCAUCCAGAACUCAAGUACGUGUCUUAGCCCCAAAGCCAGCCUUAGCAUCCUUGUUGAUUGUCCCCUGGCCUGCCAGAUAAACGGCAUGGAUGUCCAGAACAGAGAAGAGGCAGUGGCUAUACUGAGCCAGGAGGAGAACACCAACAUCUCCCUGCUGGUUGCUCGGCCUGAGAGCCAGCUAGCAAAGCGGUGGAAGGACAGUGACCGGGAUGACUUCCUGGAUGAUUUUGGCUCUGAGAAUGAGGGGGACCUGCGUGCUCGGAAGCUUAAGUCACCCCCUGCCCAACAGCCUGGGAAUGAAGAGGAGAAGGGGGCUCCUGAUGGGGGCCCAGGCCUGAGCAACAGCCAGGAGCUGGACAGUGGGGUGGGCCGGACUGAUGAGAGUACCCGUAAUGAAGAGAGUUCUGAGCAUGACCUGCUGGGGGAUGAGCCCCCCAGUACCACCAACACCCCUGGGAGCCUGCGCAAGUUUGGCCUGCAAGGGGAUUCUCUGCAGAGCCGGGACUUCCACUUCAGCAUGGACUCACUGCUGGCAGAGGGGGCAGGGCUUGGAGGUGGCGAUGUGCCUGGCCUCACAGAUGAAGAGUAUGAGCGCUACCGGGAGUUACUGGAGAUCAAGUGCCACCUGGAGAAUGGCAACCAGCUGGGCAUUGUCUUCUCCCGGGCCUCUGGUAGCAACAGUGCUCUGGAUGUCAACCGCAAUGAAAGCCUGGGCCACGAGAUGGCCAUGCUGGAGGAGGAGCUUCGCCACCUGGAGUUCAAGUGUCGCAACAUCCUGCGGGCGCAGAAGAUGCAACAACUGCGCGAGCGCUGCAUGAAGGCCUGGCUGCUGGAGGAGGAGAGUCUCUAUGACCUGGCGGCCAGUGAGCCCAAGAAGCAUGAGCUGUCUGACAUCUCUGAGCUGCCAGAGAAGUCUGACAAGGAUAGCACCAGCGCCUACAACACCGGGGAGAGCUGCCGCAGCACCCCACUGCUCGUGGAGCCCCUUCCUGAGAGCCCUCUGAAGCGGGCCACUGCUGGCAACUCCAACUUGAACCGGACCCCGCCUGGUCCCCCUGUCGCCAUCCCCUCCAAGGCUGCUCCUCUGCCUGGGAGCCCCGCCAAGUUCCGAUCCCUCUCCCGGGAUCCUGAGGUGGGCCGGAGACAGCAUGCAGAGGAACGAGUCAGACGCAGCCCCAAGACGGGGGUGACCCUGGAGCGUGUGGGCCCUGAAGGCAGUCCUUACCUCUCUAGGCGCCACCGUAGCCAAGGCCAGGAGAGCGAGCACUACCAUAGCUGUGUGCAGCUGGCCCCGACCCGUGGCCUGGAGGAGCUGGGCCACAGCCCCUUGAGUUUGGCUGGGGGCCCUCGGGUGGGUGGGGUGGUGGCUGCGGCCGCUGAAGCACCCCGCAUGGAGUGGAAGGUGAAGGUUCGCAGCGACGGGACACGCUACGUGGCCAAGCGGCCUGUGCGAGAUCGGCUGCUGAAGGCCCGGGCCCUGAAGAUUCGGGAGGAGCGCAGCGGCAUGACUACUGAUGACGACGCAGUGAGUGAAAUGAAGAUGGGCCGCUACUGGAGCAAGGAGGAGCGGAAGCAGCACCUGAUCCGUGCACGGGAGCAGAGGAAGCGGCGCGAGUUCAUGAUGCAGAGCCGGCUGGAGUGCUUGAGGGAGCAGCAGAAUGGCGAUAGCAAGCCCGAGCUCAACAUCAUCGCCCUGAGCCAUCGCAAAACCAUGAAGAAGCGGAACAAGAAGAUCCUGGAUAACUGGAUCACUAUCCAGGAGAUGCUGGCCCAUGGCGCACGCUCAGCUGACGGCAAGCGAAUCUACAACCCUCUGCUCUCCGUCACCACUGUCUGAACCGCCUGGGCAGGAGCCCAGCCCAGGCCCAGGGAGCCUCCCAGGCCUGGCCCUCACCCUCCCUUAGAAUCUAGUGUGUGUCUGUGUGCGUGUGCACACUGUGCACGUACAUACUCCUGUCUUUGUGUGUGCACAAGACUUUGUUGACAGAGAAGCCCCAAGGAGAAGGGACACUUCUUUUCUAUCACCUACUUCCCUCUCCCCAAAAGACCAUGUCAACAGCUGGCAUUGGGAGCAUACCUGUAAUGGGCACCCCUUUGUGUGCAUGACAUAUAUGCAGUACUCUUGACAUGUAUAUUUGGAGACAGGGAAGUUGGUGCAAAGAGAAGUGAGGUAGACUGUCCUAAGCACAAGAGAAUGUCCAGCUUCGCCGCUGAGCGCAGCCUCUCUCGACCCCUGGGAGCUGCAGUUAUUUGUAGACAGAGGCAACCCUGAUUUUUGUGGUUUUUCUCCCUUUCUGUGCUUGCCAAUAGUUGUUUUUCUGUUUUGUGGACCUGCUCUGGGCGCUGGCAGCUCCUUGAGGCAGCCUGACCAAGGUGGAACCCCACCCAGUGUUGGUUGGGAAGGAGGUGGGGGGAGGAAGAGAGGGAGGGCUGGGGUGGGAAGGGAGGGGAGGGAAUGGUGGGAGGAAUGGGAAGCAGCUGUCCCAGUGGCCUCCACUCUGUGGUGGGGAAGGGGAGCCUCUGCUAUGGCUUUUGAGGCUCACUCCUGGGGGCUGCAUCCUUCCCCAGUGACUGGAGGAGAAUGAGACUGCAGGGACUGAGUGGGCAGUGUCCAUCCAAGAAGAAUUAACUUGAGCCCGCAUUUGUGCCUGAUGCCAUCUGGAGCAGGGCCACUCUUUCUGAAUGGUCUGAGGAGGGUGCUUAGAUAUCAAGGGGAUUUUUGAAACCAAGCCCCAUGAACAACAAGUGGAAGACCUCAGGCCGUCUGGCCUGGAGAGGACUUGGUGGCAACCAGAAGCCUGGACCUAGUGACAGGCAGGUGGGCUGAUCAGGAGAGAUGCACAUCUGGCCUUCACCCACUUCCAGGUGUUGGAGUUUGCAAGUGGUGCCCCUCAGGUUUGGAGAGCCCCAGAUUGGAGGCAGGCAGGCUGUCCCACCCUGCCCCCACCUGCAUCUCAAGAAUAAAGCAAGCUGCCUUUCUACUUGGUUGAA